CAGAGCUGAAGCUGACGGAGGACAAAGUUCGCUCUGAGUGACUGGAUCAAAAUGAGCCGUUUAUUUCACUUUUUUCAUGGAAAAUUAAACUGUUUUAAUCGUUUCAACAGCUAUGCUGCUGAACAGUGAUAUUUUUCCUGUCGCUCGGAUGUUUUCUUCACCAGUAGUCUCUUAGAGUUGAGGAAACUACGACAUUAAUUUGGGGAAAAAUUAAUUGAUAUAUUAAAAAAGUGAAACAGCCGCUCUGGUUAAACUGCGCCAUGAUCCCUGAAUGUCCAACCACCGGGGAACCCAGAAGCAGAACCCGCUUCCAGUACAGUCCAGCGGGAGAACCGAGCCAGGGUCGAGUCAGCGGCUUGUUGUCCGAAAUCAAAACCUCCAUCAACAACGAGCCGUUCACCGACCACUACACCAUCAUCCCCGGGAAAGAGCUGGGCAGGGGGAAGUUUGCUGUGGUCAGAAAGUGUGUGGAGAAAUGCACGGGCCACGAGUACGCUGCAAAGUUCAUGCGGAAGAGGCGGAAAGGCCAGGACUGCCGAAUGGACAUCAUCCACGAGAUCGCAGUGCUGGAGCUGGCCACAACCAGUUCCCGGGUGGUCAACCUCCACCGGGUCUACGAGAUGGUUUCUGAAAUGGUUCUAGUUCUGGAGUUCGCUGCUGGAGGAGAGAUUUUCAACCAGUGUGUGUCAGACCGGGAGGAUGAGGCCUUCAGUGAGGAGGAUGUGAAGAGGCUCAUGAGACAGAUUCUGGAGGGAGUGGCCUUCCUCCACCGGAGCAAUGUUGUCCACCUCGACCUAAAGCCUCAGAACAUCCUGCUGACCAGCAGCUCUCCUCUGGGUGACAUUAAGAUUGUGGACUUCGGUCUUUCCAGGAAGGUCAGCAGCCACCAUGAACUCAGAGAGAUUAUGGGAACCCCGGAGUAUGUUGCUCCUGAGAUUCUCAACUAUGAGCCCAUCAGCACAGCAACAGAUAUGUGGAGUAUUGGUGUUCUUGCCUACGUCAUGCUGACGGGCAUCUCUCCCUUCCUGGGUGAUGACAAACAGGAGACAUUCCUCAACAUUUCCCAGCUCAACGUGAGCUACAACGUGGAGGAGCUGCAGCAGCUGGACCAGAACGCGCCGUCCUUUAUCCAGAUGUUGCUCCGCAAACAGCCACAGGACCGGGCCACGGCAGAGCAGUGUCUCAACCACCCCUGGCUUCAGCCCUCAGAGCCCCAGGAGCCGCUGACAGCAGAGAGGAUCCUCCCAGUACAGGAACAAGAGGCUUCCAGCUCUGCCAGUAGCUCCACCUGCAGCCCUGAACCUCCCAGCUGCACAAGCACAGUUGAGGAGGAGGAGGUGGAAGGCCCUGUGACAGAGGAGCUGAUUGUCAUGGCAGCCUACACCCUGGGUCAGUGCCGCCAGUCCUCCAGCGGCUCCUCUGAGAAGGAGGUCCUGGCUGCUGAGCAGAAGGCCAUCUUAAAACGCUUCAAGUUCGAGGAGCCCUUCAGUGCCCUGCAGGAGGUCCCCGGAGAGUUCAUCUACUGACCUCCACCCAGCACAUGCAGCACCAGCCCUGAAUACGGGAGAACCAAUUAGUGUUGUCACAGUAGCAAAGAUUCUCACUAUAUAAAUAUAUAUUGUAAUCAGAUGCUGUUAUUUAAGCUGUUUGGUUUUAAGUGCAUUUUUUUAAGUUUCUACCUUCAUAUUUUUCCACACCGUAUCAAGUCUUGACCCCCUGAUCCUUCCAACUGCAGGCUAUGUUUCAUUUAGUUUCCAUGGCCCUGCUCCUUGUAGCUGCUGCUCGGUUGUAACAUGAAUAAGCUGUCUGCAGAAAGCGUGGCCAUCAGGUCUUCUGGAGCUUCCCAGCAUAUAUAACUCACUCUGACAGAGGAAGGCACUUAGAAAACUGAAUAUUACUGAAUUUUUAACUGUUAUUUUGUUAUUGCUGAGUCCACUCAGCACCACCAGCAGCAGGAUCUUCGCCGCUGUCUUAUGCCCAAUAACACACCGGCUUGUAAAGUGUGUGUGUCUAAAAUGCAGAGUUGUUUUAGAACUGGAAGCACAGGAAAUGGACCAGACCUCAGACAUCCAGAUGUGGAUCCAGCAUCUUCAAGGAACCCACAGGACAGUUCUGCCUCUAUGAGCAGCUUCUUACUAAGUAACGUCUGUUGUAGUCAGAGCCUGUUUGAUGGAGUUUUUAGGCCAAAACCAACUUUGCCAAUAUCAACAUGUCAAGCUAAAAAA